CCUGAGAGCAACGACCGCGUCUUUAUGUGAACGUAAAAUGUGUACCAUCUAUCCACGCGUAUUCUACCUUAACCUUCAUUUCACUACAUAAUCUCCGGUUAGUCGAUGAUUUUUUAUCAAACCUGUUUCUAUGCGGACGCAUGAUUUUUUUUUUCUUCAAGAAAUUCUUCCAGACAAGAUGUAGAAUUUUUCGUGGACCAUAGUUCAGGUUCUUCUUAAUUCAAGCAAACGUGUAAUAUCGAUGAGUUUCCUUAUUUUAAGAGCAUUUGUCUUCAUUUAAGCAAGCUUUCCCAAUUCUCUAUUACGGGAAGAAAAACUCGCAAAUAUGUUGAAAACGAUUGCAGUAUUCCACUGUCGUUCAUUUCGUAGAUAUCGUUCUACGAUUUCAAUUACACCUCAGCAUAUUGAAAAUGUAUCUUCAAUUUUUAACGACAAUAAUGUUCGAUCAUACGAUGAAGUACCAGGUCCUAAACCUUUUCCAAUUAUUGGAAACAGCUGGCGAUUUCUACCAGUAAUAGGACAGUACAAACUAGAAGAAAUUGAUUUAUUAUCACAAGCAUUGCAUCGACAGUAUGGAGAUGUAGUGAAAAUAGGAGGAAUUCUCGGACGUCCCGAUAUGGUAUUUCUGUACGAUGCUGAUGAAAUAGAAAAAAUAUUUCGAAAUGAAGAUGUACUGCCAUUUAGACCUUCGAUGCCAUCGCUGAAUUAUUACAAACAUACGCUGAGGAAAGAAUUUUUUGGAGAUACUUGCGGUGUAAUUGCUGUGCAUGGACAAAAAUGGCUCGAAUUUCGUUCUAAAGUACAGCAGCCUGUUCUACAGCCACGAAUCGUCAAGCUGUAUGUCAGAGAAAUUGAAGUGACGGCAAACUCUUUCAUUUCUAGGAUUAAAAAACAAGUCAACAACGUUAAUGAAGUUGAAUCAAACUUUUUGAACGAAAUACAUCUAUGGUCGUUGGAAAGCAUUGCACGAGUAGCAUUGGAUGUACGACUCGGCUGUUUGGACGAUGUAAUUACCAAUAACGAUACACAAUUAUUAAUCGACGCCGUCAACACGUUUUUCAAGAACGUAGGUGUGCUAGAAUUGAAAAUACCAUUUUGGAAGGUUUUUAAUACCCCAACAUGGAAAACUUAUGUGAAUUCAUUGGAUACGAUUACCAACGUUACGAUGAAGUACAUAACCACUGCUUUGAAUAAACAAAAUCAGUCUCAAGACACGACGCUAAAAUGUAACUCAUCUUUGCUGCAACGUGUUCUAGCCUUGGAUCCCGGUAAUCCUAAGCUAGCCACAAUUUUAGCUUUGGAUAUGUUCCUCGUUGGAAUUGAUACUACUUCUGCAGCCGUUGCUUCUAUUUUAUACCAACUGAGUCAACAUCAAGAUAAACAAGAAAUUUUAUACAAUGAGAUUUGCAAAGUUUUGCCCAACGCAAACGAUGAAUUGACCAUGGAGAAGAUUGACAGUCUGGCUUAUUUGAAAGCCAUUAUAAAGGAAACGUUGAGGAUGUAUCCGGUUGUUCUGGGUAAUGGAAGAACUUUAACAAAAGAAACGGAAAUCCUCGGUUAUAAAAUUCCCAAAGGGGUUCAAAUUGUAUUUCAACAUUACGUAAUGAGCAAUUCUGAUCGAUACUUUAAAAAUGCUAAUGAAUUCAAACCAGAGAGGUGGUUGAAAAGUAAUCAAGAAAAGCCACAUCCUUUCGCUUCAUUACCCUUUGGCUUUGGAAAACGGAUGUGUUUGGGAAGACGAUUUGCGGAACUUGAAAUACAGACUAUAAUAACGAAGAUUGUGCAAAACUUCCACGUGGAGUACAAACACGAAAAGCUUUCGUACAGUGUUCAACCGAUGUAUUUACCUAAAGGAAACCUCAACUUUACAUUCAACGAUCGAAACUUUCCAUCAAAAAAUUCAAAUUAAUAAGUCUUUUUCUUGCCUAAUUAUAGUUACCUACCUUCAUUAAUUUUUCUACUUAUUUACCUUAGAUAAUGUAGACAAAUGUACAUUAUUGAGAAAAUAUAAUCAAUUUCUCUUUU